AUGCAGGAGUUCACUACCUUGAAAGUAUGGGUCUGCUUUCAGGCGUUUCGAGAUAAGCGUCAGGGCGCCGACGAGAGUAGUGACUCAGAAUCUAUGUACGAGCUAGAGUGUAUAGAGGGGUACAAGAAGUCGAGGAAGAAGGAACAGUUCUAUGUCAAGUGGCGAGGGUACAGUUCCGCGGAGAACACCUGGGAGCCGCUGAAGAAUCUUACGGGUAUAAGUGCUGAGGAGAUAGAGGAGGCUCGGCAGAAGUUUGGUGGUAAGAAAGUGGCGUUGAAACGUGUGGCAAAGAAGGGCGGUAAGGACGCGCACUCCUCCGAUUCUAACCAACGUAUGGGAAGAGAGGCGGAGGCGGCUGGCCUGAGCUCGAGAGGUGGCGUGGAGGAGUCGACUGCCGCGUGA